ACCAAGGAAACGUAAACAAAUAUAUAAAACAGUGUAAACAAAGACGGACCGAAUGCAGCUAUUUCGACGUGAUACGAUACAUUUCGCGUAGAAUCAACGAAAUUUGGUCGAUUUUUUAAUUCACACAUAGUAAUACAGAAUAUCAUCGGCUUAGUGGGCUACACGGACGGGAGGUGAGACGUUGGCGCAUGCGCGGUGUUACUUUGAGCCAUAUUGGAAUGAGGUCGUGAACGACUGCGUGAGGCGGAAAAAAAGACAAAAAUUGACGUGGAAAAACUCCCAAAAGAGGCUGUAAGGUCGGGUUCCAGAAUGAGCCAAGAUGCACAGGAGUCUGAUGCGGACUCUGGUCAGGACAUGUCAGAGUUUAACUGGGACGAUUAUCUGGAGGAGACGGGGGCCGUGCCCCAUCAUGCCUUUAAACACAUGGAUCAAGGACUGCAGACGGGUCUGACCCCUGGCAUGAAGCUGGAGGUUCCUGUGCGGGGUGACCCCAACAACGCCUACUGGGUUUCAACCAUCAUUACCACCUGCGGCCAGCUUCUGCUGUUGCGUUACGACGGCUACGGCGACGACCGCCGUGCCGACUUCUGGUGUGACAUCAUGGCCGCUAACCUGCACCCCAUCGGCUGGAGCAAGCAGCAGGGUCGACCCAUGAGGCCCCCUGAGGGUGUGAGAGAAAAACAUGAGGACUGGGAGUCCCUGCUGGAGAGAUCUCUAUCUGAAUCCUGCAGUGCUCCUGCCAGUCUGCUGGAAGGGGCCCAGCGUGGAUGUAACCCGGUAGACCUGCUCAGUCCAGGGCUCAGUGUGGAGCUGAUGGAUACUGAGGACGCCGGAGUGGCGUGGGGUGCCGUAAUCGAGGACAAUGUUGGGGGCCGCUUACGUCUCCGUUACACUGGCACAGAGGGGCUUCCUGACACACAUUCUGUUAUUUGGAUAUUUUACCUGAACCACCGACUCCACCUGCCCGGCUGGGCCAAAGAGCACAGCUGUGUCGUCAGACCCCCAUCAGCUUUACUUUCGUUACGCACAGAGGAGGAAUGGGCAGAAGUGAAGCAGAUCAUCUCCAACCACCCCGAGGACUCGAGUAUUAAUGAUGAGUUUUAUAAGGAUCGUCCAUCCGUCAUGCCACACAACUUUACUGAGGGGAUGAAGCUGGAGGCCGUGGAUCCAUCUGCACCUUUUACCAUUAGUCCUGCCACUGUAACCAAGGUUUUUAAUAAUCAGUUCUUCCUGGUGAGGACGGACGAUUUGAGAGAGGAAGUGGUGAAAGAUGGAAGAAGUCGAGUGUUUGUGUGUCAUAGGGACAGUCCAGGAAUCUUCCCCGCCCAGUGGAGUCUGAAAAACGGUGUUAAACUAAACCCACCACCAGGAUACGAAGGGCAGGAUUUUGACUGGGCUGAUUAUCUGAAACAGUGUGAAGCAGAACCGGCGCCUCAGCACUGCUUCCCCUCUGAUCCAUCUGAUCAGUGCUUUAAGGAAUCUAUGAUGUUGGAGGCCGUGAACCCACUCAGUCCUGAAAAUAUUCACGUGGCGACAGUCACCAAGGUCAAAGAGCAACAUAUCUGGAUUCGACUGGAAGGAGUGAAGCAGCCUGUUCCAGAAAUCAUUAGUCAUAUAGACUCCAUGGAUAUCUUCCCUGUCAGCUGGUGUGAAACCAAUGGCUACCCACUCCAGUACCCCCUUAAACCUAAAGUCGAAAAGCAGAAGAAAAUAGCAGUGGUUCAACCAGAACGACACCGAGUGCCUUCUAAAGACUCGUCCCCAGACGCCCUCAGACAGGCUCCGAGCAGCCAGACAGAGACCAGUCAGACCAAUGGAAAAUACAUCUGCCCCAAGAUUUAUUUCAACCACCGGUGCUUUUCCGGGCCGUACCUUAACAAGGGUCGCAUCGCUGAGCUCCCUCAGUGUGUGGGUCCGGGGAACUGCGUCCUUGUCCUAAAGGAGGUCCUGACGCUGCUGAUUAACUCGGCCUACAAGCCCAGCCGUGUGCUCCGCGAGCUCCAGCUGGACCAGGAGGGACGCUGGCAAGGUCAUGGAGAGACACUUAAGGCCAAAUACAAAGGGAAGAGCUACAGAGCAACAGUGGAGAUCGUUCGUACUGCGGAUCGUGUGGCCGAGUUCUGUAGAAAGACCUGUAUUAAACUGGAGUGCUGUCCCAACUUGUUCGGCCCACACAUGGUUCUCGAUCGGUGCUCUGAGAACUGUUCUGUCCUCACCAAAACAAAAUACACCUAUUACUAUGGAAAAAAGAAAAGCAGGCGUGUGGGUCGCCCCCCGGGGGGCCACUCCAACCUGGAGGGGGGUGUGAAAAGACGAGGCAGGAGAAAGAAGAGGAGAAAGCAGCUCUUUGUUCAUAAGAAGAGACGCUCCUCUGCAUCUGUGGAUAACACACCUGCUGGAUCUCCUCAGGGAAGUGGUGAGGAGGAAGACCUGGAUGAAGAUGACUCUCUGAGCGACGACAGUGGAUCUGAGCAGGACGAGUUGAUGGACGAUUCGGAAUACUCCGAAAAGAAAUCACAACCUCCGACUCCUUCGCCCUCUCCCCCUGAAACCCCCCGGCCCACCCGACGGCGCCGUAAAGCUCGCUCUCCUUCAUACUCCGACGAUGAGAACAGACCUCCAUCACCCAAGAGUCCCUUUGCUGAAGCUCCUCAGAAGCUGUGUUUGGACAGCAGUCCGUUGGAGUGGAGCGUUACAGACGUGGUGCGUUUCAUCAGGACCACCGACUGUGCUCCACUCGCACGCAUCUUCAUGGACCAGGAGAUUGAUGGCCAGGCUCUGCUGCUGCUGAACUUGCCCACAGUGCAGGAGUGCAUGGACCUUAAACUCGGCCCCGCUAUUAAACUGUGCCAUCAUAUUGAAAGGGUCAAACUGGCAUUUUACCAGCAGUUUGCCAGCUAAGUGCAGCAGGAGGGCAGAGAGGAGAAUGAUGAUGAUGUUUGCUGGAAGGAUUUAAUUUCUCGUUGUGUUUGUUCCUUUCUAGGUUUCUGCAGUGCUUUUCUUUGGAGUUUUGUUUGUGUGAUAGAAAUAAGCUACUGAAAGGGUGGGUGGCGGGUUGUGUACUGAAAAAUCAGCUGUGUUUGACAAAGAGCUCUGUAAUCAGACUGAACGUUGUCCUGCACUAUAGAGGAACGUCAGAGUCAAUAUAGGAGUUAAUCGUGGUCAGCAGAAACUAGCCCGUCUGUUUUCCAUAAGACUCAAAUAAGCUGUGCGUUAAAAAAAAACCUUUACUAAUCGUAGAGCGUUGACAAUGCAAGGAUCUUAAGCACAAAGACCAAUUGCCCGUGUACUCUAAGUGGUAUGCAAACGUGUACAUAUAACUCUGCUGUAUAUAAGUGUAAAUAUCAGAAAUUCCCUUUAGAGGGACCUAACGUCCCAGUUCCUGUUUGGUUUUCUACGACAUUUAAGGCUGCAUGUAAACAGGAACAUUAUAAUUCAGGCAUGUUUUUGCCUGUUUGGUUUUGCAGUGGGAUUUUGUAUAGAAGCUAAUAGCACUGUUUUGUUUAAGCAGAGAGGUGUUGCUGGAUAAGAAUAAUGUAAUAUAGUGGAUAACAAUGUUAAUGUGUUUCUCGUUGUGGUUAGGAUUUAAGCACACAAAUAUUUCAGGUAAUUGUAUGAAACAUUUUCAGAUUUCAGGGUCUGUUUAAUUCUAGUCUCACCGGACCAGAUUUUAUCUCCACCCAAUUAAAAGAUAUAAAGAAUCUUGUAAGGGGUUUUGGAUUAGAUGUGGGUGGGAACAAAAUCAUAACAAGGUGGAACAAAAUCCAGUGGAUUUCAGAAGCAAAACCCUGCUCAAACGGAGCUCAGGAAAUUGGCAGCAGUUAAUAUGGGCUGCGUUCCAAAGAACCUCUUAGUUUACUAAAUUGUAUGUAUGAUUAGCGCAAACCAAUAGUAUAAUUACACACUAUGUAGCACAGAGUAUUCUGUUUGGGAUUCAGUGUAAACUGUCUGCUUUACAUAGUGGAUUUUAAAUGUAUAUGGCUAAAAAUCACCAUAAGACACCAAUCUGAGAGCUAAGUGGUGAGAAUAAGCAUAUUUAAAAAUAAACUGUGAGAACUAAAUCAAACAGUAAGUCUAUUUCUAAAACCCUCAUUUUAAAAAUGUCAUUUUUUUUAAGCUGAAGAUGCUGUUUUUCUUACUGUCGUUGAUGAAACUCCUCUGGCAGACUUCCCCCGACGGAGAACUUGUUAGAGAUCUCAGCUGGUCUUGUGAGACUAGUUCAAUUCUAAAAGACUGAAGUAUGCAAGCUUCUGAUUGGUUUACUUAUACAAAGCUGUGGCUUCAAAUAUGGUUCGCUCCUAUGGACUGUACGUAGUUCUAUCAGUACUAAUGCAAAGCUCAUCUUCAUUCAUUUACCCUCCAUUUACAACGUACUUCUUACUGGCACCGUUUGUGCUGAGACUUGUUUUUCAGGCCUGUUAUAUACAUGUCAUCUUCCAUUUUGUUCAAUUCCAGUUUGAUCAAAACAUUAAGUCAAAUGUUAAUUUUAUCUUUAAAUGUAUAUGUUUGUGAAAUGUUAUUUAAAUGAAAAUAAACUAAACUGGAUCAAAUGCCUCUUAAA